CCCCUGGAGGUGCGAGGGUGGGAGAGCCGAGAGAUUUAUUUGGAGACUUGGAAGGGGAGAGGGUUGGCUGGUAUUGGCCUGGCCUAGUCCCCCAGUCGUGGAGAGGGCGGGGCACCUCUUGGCCGCGCCGGGUUCCCGCUUUCCCUUCUCGGGAGACAGCUCAGUGCCUGGGGAGGCUCCUCCAAGGACAAGAGACAGGGCAACCUGAGAGAUUGGACCAGCGCUGCACUGGGUCAUUUACUGGUAGGAAAAACAAUCCCCAAAGAGAUUGAAGUGAGCUUCAGGAUGGCAAAAGAGGAGCCCCGGAGUAUCUCAAGGGACUUGCAGGAGCUGCAGAGGAAGCUGACUUUGCUGAUAGAGUUCUUCCAGAAUAACCCAAAGGUGAUAGCCUUUACGAAGUCUCCAGUGGGUCAGUACUUGGACAGGCAUCCGUUUCUGGCCCUCGCCUUGCUGGUGUUCAUUGUCACAUCGGCCGUUCCUGUUGGGUUCUUCCUGCUCCUCGUGAUCCUUACCACCCUGGUUGCUCUGGUGGGGGUCAUAAUACUGGAAGGACUGGUCAUCUCUGUGGGUGGUCUCUCACUGCUCUGCAUUCUCUGUGGCUUGGGCUUCGUAUCACUCGCCAUGUCGGGGAUGAUGAUGGCAUCCUAUAUAAUAGCCUCCAGCCUCAUCAACUGCCGGUUUACUCCCAGACCACUGACACAGCAAAACCCCAGCGGCGACUGUCAGCUGGCCAUGAAGGCCACAGACUUCAAGGGGCUUUACCAGGAAUGAGUGGCUGCUCAGAGGCUGGGCUUCUUUUCAAGUCCUGCUGGAUCAUACUCACCCCUUGGGAUUAUGGCUCAGAAGAAGGGGGCUGGGUAGGCAAGCACUCCUUGGCUGUGUCAUCCCACGUUUUCACUUAUUUGUAGGAUCCUGCAGCAGCCAAUUUAGGGACUGUGUUGUUCUUGUGUUGGUUCCCAUGUAAAGAAGCAGCAGAGAAAUGCGACGGCUCAACAGCUCACCCGGACCCAAGUAUGCAGACUAGGCCUUGGCAGGGUCCUGGGCUUCUAAAGUCUAGUCCAUUGACCCCAAAGCCUUCGAGGCUCAACUCCAACAGUUCCAUUGGGAGCAACAGUGAUUGCUUAUAGUUUUUUGUUUUCAGAAAUGAGGGCAGCUAUUCAUUUUUUUACUCAUGUGAAAUAAGGUGAAAAAAAAAAUCCAAAGCAGAACAUGCUCUUCUGUGGUAUUUGCUUUUCAUUAGAAAGAACCGCAACAUUUGGGAAUAAUGACCUCUCCAAGUUGGAAAAUAGAGUCCAAAUGUAACUUUGUGGCCAAGAGUCUUUUCAAAAACCUCUAAAGGUAUAGUUUCCACUGUUCAUUUCAGUACUGUUAAGUGCUGUUAAUCUUUUACAUAUUUGCACUUGGUACUUUUGUAUUGUUUUAAAGAACUUGUCCUGUUAAGCCAUUUCCUUCCCUCCCUCCCUCCCUCCCUCCCUCCCUCCCUCCCUUCCUUCCUUCCUUCCUUCCUUUUUAUUUUUUGGGACGGAGUUUCGCUCUUGUUGCCCAGACUGGAGUGCAAUGGCUCAAUCUUGGCUCCCUGCAACCUUCGACUCCUGGGUUCAAGCGAUUCUCCCUCAGCCUCCCAAGUAGCUGGAAUUACAGGUGCCUGCCACCAGGCCCAGCUAGUUUUUGUUGUUGUUGUUUUGAUGCUGUUGUUUUAGUAGAGAUAGGGUUUCAUCAUGUUGGUCAGGCUGGUCUUGAACGCCCAACCUCAGGUGAUCCACCUGCCUCAGCCUCCCAAAUUGCUGAGAUUGUAGGUGUGAGCCACUACUCCUGGCCUAAGCCAUUUCUUAAAAUAAAAAUGCUAAAGGACUAGAAAGUAAAAAUAAAACUUCCUAUGGGAUUUCCCAGUGGAA